UGACUGUGUUCUUAAGCACUUUGACGCCAAAAUUCUACUUUGCCCUUACAGUGACUUCGUCUUUUAUAUCUGGACUGAUAUUUGUGUUUGAGUGGUGGCAUUUCCGAAAAUACGGCACGUCUUUCAUUGAGCAGGUUUCUGUGAGUCAUUUGAGGCCCCUCAUCGGUGGCAUAGAAAACAGCCCUCCAGCACCAGCAGCGUUCUCGGCUGGAGAGAAUGAGACAAGCAGGCAGAAUAUGCCAGAGUGCAAAGUGUGGCGAAAUCCUCUCAAUCUUUUCAGAGGGGCAGAGUAUAGCAGAUACAUGUGGGUGACUGGGAAGGAGCCUCUUACAUACUAUGACAUGAAUUUGUCUGCUCAAGAUCAUCAAAACUUUUUCACGUGUGAUACAGAUGCCCUUCGGCCUUCAGAUACAGUUAUGCAGAAAGCAUGGCGAGAGAGAAACCCUCAAGCCCGGAUUAAAGCAGCAUAUCAAGCUUUAGAAUUGAACAAUGAUUGUGCCACUGCAUAUGUCCUCCUGGCUGAGGAAGAAGCAACAACUAUUGUAGAUGCUGAGAAGUAUUUCAAGCAGGCUCUGAAAGCAGGAGAAAUGAUUUACAGAAAGUCUCAGAACUGCCAUUCCCAAAGUCCCCAGCACGAAGCACAGCUGAGAAGAGACACCAAUGUAUUGGUGUAUGUGAAAAGGAGAUUAGCUAUGUGUGCAAGAAAACUUGGAAGAAUACGAGAAGCGGUAAAAAUGAUGAGAGAUUUGAUGAAAGAGUUUCCACUUCUCAGCAUGCUGAAUAUUCAUGAAAACCUCCUGGAGGCACUACUGGAGUUACAGGCUUACGCAGAUGUCCAGGCAGUUUUAGCGAAGUAUGAUGAUAUCAGUCUUCCAAAAUCGGCAGCAAUAUGUUACACAGCAGCCCUGUUAAAAGCCAGAGCCGUUUCAGAAAGGUUCUCCCCAGAAACUGCCUCCAAAAGAGGGCUCAGUACAGCAGAAAUUAAUGCUGUGGAAGCAAUUCACAGAGCUGUGGAAUUUAACCCUCAUGUUCCAAAGUAUUUACUAGAAAUGAAAAGUUUAGUGCUACCUCCAGAGCAUAUUCUGAAACGAGGAGACAGUGAGGCAGUAGCAUAUGCUUUUUUUCACCUCCAGCACUGGAAGAGAAUAGAAGGGGCUCUAAAUCUGCUACACUGUACAUGGGAAGGCACAUUUAGGAUGAUCCCAUACCCGUUAGAGAAAGGUCAUCUUUUCUAUCCCUAUCCGAGUUGCACAGAAACAGCAGACAGAGAACUGUUGCCAACAUUUCAUGAAGUCUCCGUUUACCCACAGAAGGAACUUCCCUUUUUCAUCCAUUUCACAGCAGGCCUAUGUUCCUUUUCAGCAAUGCUUGCCCUCCUCACGCACCAGUUCCCUGAGCUGAUGGUCAUUUUUGCUAAAGCUGUGCUGCGGGUGCUGUGGCCUGUGAGUGCUCCCAGCGUUCUGGCCUCCAGCUGA